CUCGAGCUUCUCCGCUCUUAAAACCCACCAAACAACCACAAAACUCUCAUUCUAACCGAUCGGUAUUUGUUCUAUUUGUUUACGGGCGAUCUCUCCUCUGAUCUGGUCUUUUGUAAGUUGGCACUAGGUGGUGAUCAUUUUCCUUCGUCAUGAUCUCGCUCAAACACUCUCGCCUAGCUCCGCCGAUCAAUGGAUCUGACACUGUUUUCCGCCGGAAAACCCCCUUGGCGGCUGGGAAAGCCUUCUUUUUGCCACCGCUUGCGGCUCCUCCUAAGGGUUUGAAACCCUCCCUCUCAGUUUCGAAGCCUUUGCACCUCACCUCUAUCGAGGCUUUUUCUGCCAGGGAGAGUAGUGCGCCCUUGAUCGUUUGCAAAGCGUAUGAAGCUGAUCGGCCAGAACCGAUUGACGCUAGCGAUGCCAAACCAGAGGCGGCGAGGAAGGUUAAGAUCGGAAUUUACUUCGCCACCUGGUGGGCGUUGAAUGUCGUUUUCAAUAUCUACAACAAGAAAGUGUUGAACGUCUUUCCGUAUCCAUGGCUUACAUCCACUCUUUCGCUUGCUUGUGGAUCUCUGAUGAUGUUGAUCUCCUGGGCUACAAGGAUUACGCCGGCGCCCAAGACGGAUUUUGAGUUCUGGAAGACUUUGUUCCCUGUUGCAGUGGCACAUACAAUCGGGCACGUUGCUGCAACCGUGAGUAUGUCUAAGGUUGCAGUUUCAUUCACUCACAUCAUCAAGAGUGGUGAGCCAGCGUUCAGUGUCUUGGUCUCUAGAUUCAUCUUGGGAGAGUCUUUCCCUGCCGGAGUUUACUUGUCCCUCCUCCCAAUUAUUGGUGGUUGUGCUCUUGCUGCUGUCACUGAGCUCAACUUUAACAUGACUGGUUUUAUGGGGGCCAUGAUCUCCAACUUGGCAUUUGUAUUUAGGAACAUAUUUUCAAAGAAGGGUAUGAAGGGCAAGUCAGUCAGUGGAAUGAACUACUACGCUUGUCUCUCUAUGUUGUCUCUGGUGAUUCUCACACCUUUCGCCAUUGCUGUUGAGGGACCACAGAUGUGGGCUGCUGGGUGGCAAAACGCCCUUUCUCAGAUUGGACCCAAUUUCGUCUGGUGGGUAGCCGCACAAAGUGUGUUCUAUCAUCUGUACAACCAGGUUUCAUACAUGUCAUUGGAUGAAAUCUCUCCCUUGACGUUUAGCAUUGGAAACACCAUGAAACGUAUAUCCGUCAUUGUUUCCUCCAUCAUCAUCUUCCACACACCUGUCCGCCCUGUCAAUGCUUUGGGAGCUGCCAUCGCUAUCCUUGGAACCUUCUUGUAUUCCCAGGUAAGUCCCCUUUCCUCUCUUUCUCUUUUCUUCUCUUCUCUUCCAAUAGCUAGCUGCUCAUUUUUGGUUGUUCCAUCAAAAUGAACAUAUGGAUCCCAUAAGGUCAACAUGUCUCGAUUUGAAUUGUCAUGGAUUAAACCCAUGUAUGACCCCUCACAUUGUUCAUUACCUUCCAAUGACAACAUUUUAAAAUGGUUUCUUCAAGUGCAUGUAUCGUUAAAAGUCCUCUUAUCUACAAUUCCAAACUGAAUCAAACCCCACAAAGCCUAGUCUAAAUGUUAGGUGAGAUCUAAGAUCCUUCGGCAAUUAGCAUGAGGUAGGAUUAGUAGUGGCUUUAUCAGCAUCAUGUGAUGAACUAUGUCGUUUACUUGCUUAACUAAUCUUGUGUGGGAGAUGUGAUGUUUCUUUCUUGGCCUUGCUAUUAUCAUUACUCAUUCAAAUAUGAAUUCCCAUCUCACCCAAUUGAAGGGUUGGUUGAUGACGGAGCUGACUUUUUCGUAUGCAUCAGGGGUCAGAAUCAGUCAAUCAGACAAUAAUAAAUGGAUGUUACAACCCUCCCUCCCUCGAGAACUUUGUUCUUAAAAUAUGCUUUCUUUGUGAUUAUCCAAAGUCAAAAGAUUGACUUGGUACAAACAAAAAGCCAAGCAUCAUGUGGAGAAUAUGCUCUUAUUUUAUAUUUCUUCUAAGCCAACCAUUAGGUUGGAGUAUGCUUUUUGUUUGCUGAAACAGCCCUUAAAGCUCUGAUGCUCGGCUGAUGGGAAGUUUUGUUUGGUGUUUGAAUGCAGGCUAAGCAGUGAUCCAACAUUGGGGAAGAAUAAGAAGAAAUGUUUUUUUUUUUUUUUUGGUAGGAAGGUAGAAGAAAUGUUUGAAAACAAUUCAUGUUAGUUUUGUUAAGCAAAGGUAGAAUGUGGAUGGUGAAGUAAAAGGAGAAAUUGUUAAAAGAGGAUGGUGGGUAAAAUGCCAACAAUAUGAGGACUAGUGUUUGGUUUUUUGCUAUAGAUUUUCUUUUUCGGCCUUUUUGUAGAUAAUAAGGUCAAAUAGUUAAAGAGAGCGAGAAAGACAUGACAGUAGGACUGAUGAUAAUAAUGUUGUUUCAUUAGUAGCCGCAGUAGCAACAAGCUUUGCUGAAACGAGAUUGAAAUAGGCUGAGCUGAGUGACAUUGUACUUGCCAUUUUACGUUGUUUUGGCGGAAUAAAACUAAGAGAGGGAAGAAAACCCUCCCCACAGCGUUUCUUGUUCUGUGGACUUACUUUUGAACUCUCUAUGGACUAUGGUCUUGACUUUACAAUUGCGUUGUCCUAACAAACCUAAGCCUUCGCAGAUCCAAACCCUCCUCGCCCAGCCAGCCCAUAAAAGAGGCAAUUUGAG